GCGAGAGAGAAAGGAAAAGGUUAUUUGCGGUAGCUUCAAGAGAUGUCACACAAGCGCAGAGAGCUAUCUGGCAUGCCCAUCGAUAAGCUCAUGCACUUGUACAGCAGUGCUGGUAGUUUUCAGGAAAAGAGUACGAGGAAAAAGGUCAAGGACGUUAUCGCAAAUGCAGUGUCUAAGAAGGCGUGUGUAAAUGUGAGGAAGAAAAUUACAGUCAAGGUCCGGUUUAGAAAGGAGAUCAAAAAGAGUGAGAUAAGGCAUGUACUGGUGAGCAAAAUUAGCUGUUGUGAACUGCACCCUGCCAUUACAGGCCUGCUGAGUAGGAAACUGAGAGUCGUCUGGCGUAGAAAUCGGAGCGUAUCCGAAAUACUCUGCAACCACAAGGCGUACAGUAAGAAAGAGGACUCCAGUUGCACUUGUGCUCAUUUUGACUUACCACGGUCGGACAGUCACAUCCUCACCAGGAUUGCGGACGUCGGAUUGUUACCCCAGUUCGUUUUAAAUGGUAAGAACGUGACCUGUCCCAAGCUCAAGACGACAGAGGAGGAGCUGAGCAUAAGCAUCAGACAAGGACUGACUGCAGCCUUAGGCCAAAAGGUGGCCCACACGCUCAAUGACUGGCAGCUAGGUGGUUGUUUCAUGUCUGGUUGCAACCGAACUGAAGAAGCGGAGGAGGAGUUGGUCUUUGCAGUAAAGCGGAAGUACAGAGAAUUGGUCAUCUCUCAGGUAGACAGAAAUGCUGGAGACCUGGUACUGAUGUGCCCACUGCUAUACCAACGAGGGCUAUACAAAAUGUUUACUUGGAAUGCCGCGUAUGACAUUGCUACCAGCAGCGAGAAGGAGAUUCUGACGAAGACGAAGAAGGACUACUUAGCGCUGGGCUUGGACAAGGUUGCCGCUUGGGAUAGCAAGGGUGCAAUCGGGAAGGCCUAUGUCUUACCCAAGCAUAAGGAUCUUACGCGCUGGCGACCUAUCGUGCCUGCGACUAAUGAACCUACAAAGAAUGGUAGCCGAUUGGUCGCAAGAGCGCUGAACUACCUGCUGGCCAAACUUCCUGCAGCGACGCAUUUCAACCUUGGUGCGACUGCCCAGCUCAAGCAGAACUUACAGAAGGCAGAAAAGAAGCUUCAGCUAUUUGGAGAUGAGACAAUGGUCGCCGGUGGAGGAUUCGACAUUAAAGAGAUGUUCACUUCAUUACCACAUGCAGCAAGCAUGGAGGCACUGCGUUGGCUUCUACAGCAAUGGAAGGAGAAAGGCUACAGCAGUGUUACUGUCAGCAAGAGAGGCAAGUUUGCUACCCUUGGUGUCAAGUUCUACGGGAAGAGUUACGUGAAGCUCUCGUUGCAGUUACUACUGAAGUUCGUGUCAUUUGAACUGAAGCACACGUUUAAUGCGUGUAAGGGCAUGAUCCUCAGACAACGAAUUGGAGUGCCAAUGGGUAAAAACUCAAGCCCACCACUAGCUUGUCUGAUGUGCGCAAAGUUCGAAGUGGACUUCUUGAAGUCACUUGGCAAGGAAAGAAGACUGGUGCAUGGCGUGAGAUUUAUGGACGAUGUAUCACUUACAGUUGCGUUCAACAGAGGGAAGGAGAGGUCUGUGCAAAGAGCUGUGCAGAUAAUGGAGAGUUUCCAGGAGUGCUACGGGAGCGAACUCUCACUCGCCCGGACGGACGAUGAAUCAAACACUUUCGAUUUCAUUGGAGCACAGAUCACAAUCACAGCGGGCAACAUCCAUUUUUUCAUGGAACCGGAGGUGAAAAACGAGUACUAGGAGGAACGGCAGCAACCUGUCUUCAGAUGCUACCAAGA